ACUCCGCCCCGUGACGUCAGUUGUGACGUAACCAGGGUCCUUUCAACCAUGUGAUUCUAAUCUUGGUCGUAGUAAUAUCAGCAUUAUGGUGUUACUUUCCAGUGGUUGUUCUGUGGGGGUUAUUACAAGUUUUUUGGUUACAUUUGUGAUAUUCCAGGAGUAAUAGGAUAAAUUAGUACUGGAGAUCCUGAAAAAGGCAGGGGACACGCUUGAUUUGAAAGACUGCUAGAUAACAGAAUAGUUAGGCGAAAUAUUUCGUCAGUUAUGUCUGACCGGAAGUUGCUGGUUUUAUUUGGAAGUCAGACUGGCACUGCACAGGAUGUGGCGGAGAGGAUUGGUAGAGAAGCCAAGAGACGGCAGUUUACUUGCAGGGUUGAAGCACUGGACAGUUAUAACAUAGCUACGCUGAUCACUGAACCACUUGUCGUGUUUGUGUGCGCAACUACAGGUCAAGGAGACCCUCCUGAUAAUAUGAAGAAUUUUUGGCGGUUUCUUUUCCGAAGGAAUCUCCCUGCAAACUCACUCUGUCAGAUGGACUAUGCCGUAUUGGGCCUUGGAGACUCCUCUUACCCAAAGGCAGAUGCUGUGGUGGAUCCUUGGCUGCAGGAAUUCUGGGAAAAAGCCUCAUCACUUUAUCCUCUCCCAGAAGGGCUUCACAUUCAUGGAGAUGAGUUCAUAUUGCCACCAAAGUUCAGCCUUCUGUUUCUGGAACAGGAUGUGAAUGGGGAAGCUGUAGUGCAUCCCUCAUCUGCUAGAGGUGGUCAGUGCCUCCCUUCUCAGGAGCACCCAUUCUUUGCACAGAUGGUAUCUAAUCAAAGGAUAACUGAAGACUCACACUUUCAAGAUGUACGACUGGUUGAGUUCGACAUCUCAGGUUCUGGUAUUGAGUAUACUGCAGGAGAUGUUGUGAUGAUCCAUCCCCAGAACUCUACGGAAGAUGUGCAGCAGUUCUGUCAGCUUCUACGCCUCAAUCCAGACAGUAUGUUUAUACUGAAGCCAAAUGAUUCAAUGGUGUCUCUUCCCACCCAGCUGCCACAGCCAUGCUCUGUUCAGUACCUUUUGAAAUGCUACCUAGAUAUCACAAUUGUUCCUCGACGUUCCUUUUUUGAACUGCUUUCAAAUUUCUCUCCUGAUGAGAGAGAACAGGAGAAGCUUCGAGAAUUUAGCUCUGCUGAAGGCCAAGAAGAGUUGUAUAGCUACUGCAAUCGACCACGGCGGACUACAAUAGAAGUUCUGCUAGAUUUUCCUCACACCACAGCUGCUAUUCCUCAUGACUAUCUGUUUGAUCUUAUUCCGACAAUCAGACCACGAGCAUUUUCUAUAGCAUCAUCUCUCCUGGCAUACCCUGACCGAAUUCAAAUCUUAAUGGCUGUAGUUCGCUAUAAAACACGUCUUAAGAAACCCAGAUGUGGCCUGUGUUCUUCAUGGUUGGCAUCACAAAAUCCUCAGUCUGAGGUAGUACGGAUCCCGCUUUGGGUGAAGAAAGGAGGACUGACGUUUCCUGUUGAUGUAAACAUUCCUGCAGUAAUGGUUGGACCCGGCACUGGAGUGGCCCCUUUCCGUGCUGCAAUACAGGAAAGAUCAGCACAGGGGAAGAAAGAAAAUGUUUUGUUUUUUGGAUGUCGUCAGGAGUCAAAAGAUUUUUACUGUCGCUCUGAAUGGGAACAUCUAAUGAAGAGUGGAUAUCUAACUCUAUUUACAGCCUUUUCUAGGGAUCAGGAAGAAAAGGUGUAUGUUCAGCAUCGGAUUGCAGAACACAGACCGCUUCUUUGGGACUUGAUUAGUAAAGGAGCUUAUUUCUACAUUGCUGGAAAUGCCAAACAAAUGCCAGCUGCAGUGAUGGAUGCUCUGAAAGUUGUUUUCCAGACAGAAGGCCAUCUCUCUGCCUCACAGUCUGAACAAUAUUUCAAGGACCUAGAACGAAUGGGACGUAUCCAGUGUGAAACAUGGUCAUAAUUUAGCUACAGACGCCUUUAUUAUUCUAUUUCAGAAAACUGGCAAUGUCCUGCUGUCCUUAUUUAUAUAAAGAAAAUGCCCGUGUUUUGUACAGUUUCACAAGGAUUCACGUCGCAGUCUUAGCCCCCCCCCCCCCCCCAAGGGGCUGGUGAGCACUGUUAUUGCUGGACUAAGCUUUUUAGCGUUUUUCAGGGUAGGGUAUGCUAAUUAAUUGUUUGAAAUCACACAAGUAUUAAUUUAAAAGCAUUUUUAUCUAUUCUGACUUUUACUGGCCACUUAUGUGUGUAUAUGUUGUACUCCGUACCAUUCCUAAACUGUUAAAAUAUUUCCAGCUAUGGUAAUCUUUCCCCCAUAUUUCUAACUGCUCCAUAAAUAAGAGUAUACAAACAUUUUAUAUUCCUUGUGUACUCUGACCUUGCAUAAUUUAUGAUACUAGAACCUUGACUGUAUCUGUUGCCCUGGAUGGAGCUCAGUGAGAUGUGAUAACUGCUCUUUCCCAGUUUGGUUCCUUCAGUCUUCCUGAAGGCAGGGUGUUUACAUAGCAGCAUUGGGUAUUUAUGUCCGUUAGCCUGCAGUGCUGCUGUUGAAAGUUCAAAGUUUGUUGUAGGAUCAACAUUUUUCCUGUAUGAACCACUGCAACUGUGUCUGUUAAUUAAGAUCGUGUCACAGCUUUGUGUCCAUUCCUUGCCUCUAGUUAUAGAUGAGUGUAUAACAUCAGGCUUAACUGCAGACACCAAUAGUACAAAAAUUUGAGAACUUGUUUUAGAAAGAUUUUACAUGUAUAUUCCAGUAUGUCAUAAAUAUUUUGUACCAGCCCUGUAAUCUAGGCAAAGCAUUUUACUUCAUUGACCGUGUUUUUUUUUUGGCCAUUUGGUUUGUCAUUACCCUGUGCCAUCAGGGGAGACCACCUCAGUGAUGCCCAUGACUCAUUUUAGAGCACUUCCUUAUACAUUAUGUAUUGCAGUACUCAGUUUAGAAGCAGAUUGCUGCGUGCAUUGGGUUUACAUACACAAGGUAAACUAGUGCUUUCAUAAUAUUAGUACAAGUCACACUUAGGACAGUUGCAGACUUCAGAUGGGCCACUUCAUCAUGAAAGACAGAACUUUAGACUCUUACAGGUAUUGUUCAUCAGUGCACUUGCAUUCAGUGGUAUUUACUAUAGUUAUUUUGACACGGUUAUAAACAUUCCUCUGAUGUUACUGCCCCUUGAGUAUAUGUGGUGUAAAAUGUAUUGAUUUACAGUAUGCUAUGCAGGAGUCAGAAGGGGAGUGUAGAUAAUUGUUUUUCUUGGAGUUCACAAUACUGCGUAUAUUGUGGUGGUUUGAGGAGUUUUAAAUGUCUGGUAUCACUUUAGUGGUGGUAACUGCCUGCUGCUUACUGAAAUAUUUAUUUUUCUUUCUUUCUUUUGGUUUAUUAACUAUGGUAAUCUGAUUUGGCAGAGCCCAUCUUCUAGUGAAGAUCAGGGAAGAAAAGGUGCAACAGUCAAGUAAUAAACAGUUGCUCAGUUGGCAUUAAGGGAUAAAGCCCUAACUAUGGCUCAAGUGUCCCAAGCUUGAGCAGUGUCUCAGGCACUUGACAGAGUGACGAGGAAGAUGGACAUGCCUGUAUUGCUGGAGGGAACAGUGCUAGAUGUCACUUUGUAUGCCCUGUUAGAGGCUGUAACUCAGAAAUGUUGAUUGGGGGGGGGGGCAAGAGAGAGCUGGAAAGGCACGUUUGUGGUUGGGCACAGGUACACAUUGCACAUAGCUUUUCCUAGCCCAUCCCAGUCUACAGGUACACGAGAGCAUGUGGGGACUUAAGACUGUAGGAAAAUCUGUCAUUGUGCAGUUGUUGGUUUAUCUGCCAUGCCAAUUUCCCUUGCUUGCCCGGUGGGGAAUCUAGCCCUUGGAACCUGCAUGGAGGAGACAGCCCCCCCCCCCCCAAAGAGCAGGACUUCUGGAAAGGAGACCCUACCAGCAAAAACAUCAGGGAUCCUCUGGGACGGAAUUUGGAGGGAGAAGCAUUGGACUGGCAUUCUGAGCGUAAUAGUGAUCUGUUUGGUAAGAAAUUAAGUGCAAUAAAUAAAACAGCAUGCAGUUAACACUCCACUCUGUAACAGCCAUUCAUUUCAUGCCAGCAAACAGGUUUUGCUUAAUCUUCAGUUUCUUUCUAUUUAGACUGUGUUAAAUGACAGCAAAGUCAAAGCUCAAACCAGCAAGCUGGCUCCAUUUUUGAGGCGCCGAACACUGCUUUUGUUUCUUUUUAAUACAAAGAACAUUGUCUCGUUUCUCUUGGGAUGGUAUUGCACUUUAUAAGUAGGUACCCUGGGAUUUGCUGUCUUCUUUUAAGAGUUGUGGGAAAUGAACAGUGGGUUAUGAUGCAUAGCACCAUAAAUUGAGCUGAUAGAUCUGUAGUACCAUGCAUCCACAAAAGACAAUUUUCUCUUCUCUCAGGUGUUAAGAAUACAAGUAUAAACUGGUGAGCACUGUUUUUCCCUCUGUUUUUCUGUGAAUAAAACAAAAACCUCAGUAAAUUUACAGGUGUUAAUAGAUGUCAAAUAGAAUCUUAAAACUGUACCAUCACCCUAUCCAGUAAAAAAGUUCCAAAAGCCUUUUAAUAAAAAUUAAAAAAAAGUAAAA